AUGGAUACAUCUAAGCCAAAAUCAGAAAAAGCAAGAAAAAGUCGCAGGCGCCUUGGUGCCCGGCAAUAUAAAAAUUAUUCAAAUGAAAUGCUUGAAAUAGAUGUAGAUCUUGUUAGAAAAAAAAAACAGAUAUCAGCAAGAGAGGCGGCUCGACAAUUCGCAAUUCCAAAACAGACAAUAUUAAAUAAAGUAAACAAGUCUCAUACAAAGUCUGUCGGAUGUCCAACGCGAUUAUCUGAUGACGAAGAAGCCAAAUUUAUUAAAGUUUUAAUUGCUGCUGGGGAAUUCGGAUGCCCACUUAGUAAAUUGGAUCUUCGCCUCGUCGUGUUUGAAUACUUGAAAAAUAAUGGUCGCGAGGAUGUAUUUAACGGAGGACCUCCUGGAAAAGCAUGGCUUGAUAAUUUUUUGUCAAGACAUUCAUCAGAUUUGUCAGUUCGUAGCACGCAGAAUAUUAAAAAAAUAGAGCUGAGAAAGGGGUUGAUGAGUUCAUGA